AGAGUUUUCUCGUGCUUGCAGGAUACGUCUGGCUGGAGCAGUGCCAGCUCCCCCAACAGCACCCGGGGGGCCAUUGACAGCGAUGGAGGGGACCCCCCUUUGGGACACCUCUCCCUGCCAGGAAAAGCCCGGAAGACCUUCAGCCAACUCAAACAUGGCAAGGCUUAUUCCUCCCUCUACCAGUGGUCGAAGCCCAACGGGUUUUUGGUGGACCGGAAAAAAAUGGAGAAGUUCCGGAAGAAACGGCGGCUGGUGAGGAAGGAUGUGGCGCUGCCGGACGUCCAAUACCCCGGAGACGAAGAAGAGGAGGAGGAGGAAGGGCUGCGGGAGAGAGAAGGAGAAGAGCCGUACGCCGAGACCCCGCUCAGCCCGUCCUCCGAAGGCGAUGCUCAGUCUUCCACAGGCCGCUGCUCGGCCUGGGAUUCGGACACCCCCUCGAAUCCCCCCUACCCAGCCGCCGCCCCGGAGGAGCAGAGCCUCGUCCAGACGGUGGGCAAGAGGACCAUCAUACGGCAGGGGAAGCAGGUGGUCUUCCGAGACGAAGACGGCAGUGGAGACGAUGAGGACAUCAUGGUGGACUCAGACGACGACUCGUGGGACCUGGUCACCUGUUUCUGCAUGAAACCCUUCGCCGGGCGCCCCAUGAUCGAAUGCAAAGAGUGCCACACCUGGAUCCACCUGUCCUGCGCCAAAAUCCGCAAAUCCAACGUUCCCGAGGUUUACGUCUGCCAGAAAUGCCGGGAUUCCAAAUUUGACAUCCGGCGGUCCAGCCGUUCCCGGAUGGGCUCCCGGCGGCAUUUCCUGGACUAAGCCGGCGGUGGCCAAACCUGGAAAUUUGGGAGUUUUGGGAGUCGGUAGGACCGGGGGUGGAGAUCUGCGAGCCCGACCGCGAGGCCCGCCUAUCUUCCGAAUCACCGGAUUUCCCGUCGGGAGUCAGAACUGAUUCCCGGCUGCAAAAAUUGGGGCGAAGGGGACUGGAGCGGGGGUGGGGGGUGUCUUCUCAGUUUCCUUGUCUUGGGGAGCAGAAAGGGAAAUAACUGGGAGCUGACCAGCCACCCCAUUCGCGGAGGGAUUGAGUGCAACAAACAAACAAAAAAAAAACACAGCGGAAAGGACCUCUAAAGGAGACAAGAGGAAAACAAAUAAUCUCUCGUUAUUCGAAGCACAAGAUUUGGAAAUCGGGACGGUUUGUAGAAUUUGACUCUCUUUCCCCGCAGAGGUUAGUCCAAAGAUUUGAGAAGCCCUCAAUCCCACCAGCUGCGCUUGGAAGGACGAGAACGGCGCCUUCCCUUUUCGGAGGGAGGAGAAUUUUUUUCUCCCUGGUGCUUCCAAGAACCAGCCAAGGGUCCGAAAAGCUGGACAAAAGCCCAGCGGGACGAGGGCGAGGGUCAGACCUCGUUUUCGGCUGUCCGUCGGUGCUGCCUUUGGACUUUACUGCCUUCGCCUCCUCCGACGGGCGAGGGUAGGUGGGAGAAAGUGGGAGAAGACACCCCCCGCCGCCGCCCGUAAUCUUCGAUCGAUUUAAGUAUGACAUUCCUGGUCCGUUUCUGGUGUUGUGGUGUGAAGCCCCUUUGCCCACGUCCCAAACGUCUGUAUGGGGGAAGGCGGAUUCCUGGAUCCUUCAAAAGACCCCUGGCGAGAUCCACUGGGAUCCCUUUCUCAACAGCUGGCAUGCCUGGAGGAAAUUUCCGGUUUCUUUUUCCGGGACUUUACGCCAGGAUUUCAUUUUCCGUUCCU